CGACACACGUGUGGGCUGAUCCAGACGUUUUUGGAAGGUGUAAUUAGUAACUGACUGUGCACUUCCAGAUUCCCAGUGCCUCUCGUUCCUGUCGUCUUGGUUUCUAAGGGUAUCUACCGUUCGCUGAACAUUACUGUAAUUCAGCAUAAUUUUCCAACUGCUAACAACUGUGUUUAUUAAGGCAAAAAUCUGCCAAAUAAAACAUUGAUCGUCGCUCGUGUAUUAUUCAAGAUGUCGACGGUAAAGCUGAAGAAUUUAUUCGGCGAACCUUUUAAGCAGGUUUACUGCGAUCUCAAGAUAAAUCCCAAGCCCACUGCCUUCUCAGGUGGUAUGGCAGCCAGUCCCACUUAUGUUGCAUUUCCCUGGGAAGUUGGCGGUGGUGGGCUUGUAUCUUUGAUUGGAUUAGAUAAGUUGGGACGCAACAGUGGUGCGGAAAAGAUAGAUUUGCGUGGCCAUGCCGGAUCCCUACAGGAUAUGGUCUUCAAUGACUUUGACUAUAGUGUAUUGGCCACAGGUUCCGAUGACUGCAGUGUACGCGUGUGGCGUGUUGGUAACAACGAAGGUAGUGCACUUUGCAACCUUGCUGGUCAUACCAAAAAGACUACCAAUGUUGUGUGGAAUGCAUCAACCGAUUAUGUAUUGCUAUCGGGCUCUAUGGACAAUACUGUUAAGGUGUGGGAUGUAAAGCACGGUUCUGCAGUAUCCACUAUACCCAUCGAAGGCAAUUACUCCUACUGCAACUGGUCCUAUGACGGUAAUACAGUUUUGGUAUCUACCAAGGAGUCUUACGUAGCCUUUGCUGACCCUCGUGAUGGAAAGGUAAAACUCGCCUUCAAAGCUCAUGACUCAAACAAAGCUACUAGUGUACAAUGGUUAGGUGGAAAUUAUGGUGGAGAUUACUUGGCUACCACUGGUUAUGUAGGCAACCAAACACGUCAAAUUCGCGUGUGGGAUGCGAGGAAUACUGAUAAACCCGUGGUAUCAAAGGACAUUGACUCUGCACCGGGACCUUUGAUUCCAUAUUGGGACAGUGACACCGGUCUACUUACCGUAGUUGGUAAGGGUGAUCUUACGGUGCGUAUAUUCCAGUACCUUGAGGGUGAUUUGAAUCGUGCUGGUGAGUUCAAGUGCAACGGUACCAUUAAGUCAUUCUGCUUCCUCCCCAAUAGCGCCUGUGAUAAAUCCAGGUGUGAACUUGGCCGUCUGCUAUACAACUGUACCUCUAAAGAAAUCAACCCAAUAUCUAUCGUUGUACUUCGUCGUAACAGCCAAGCUGCGAUGGGUGAAAUUUACGGCAAUGUAGAGCAGCGCCGCAGAACACUCGCCGAAGAAUGGCAUGGUUGCGAUUUGGGCGCACCGCAAAAGAGCAUUUCAGCCACUUUUGAUGAGACUGCACCACCUUCGAUGCAGUCGUCAUUUAACUCACAAGUCAGUGAUAGUGCUAAAGCCAGAACUAUGCUGUCGGUGGCAUCACCCUCUGCAGAUUGGGAGUCCACAGCCACCGGCAAGGCAUUUAUUGAGAUUGUGGGCCAUGUAAACCAUUUAAGUAUACGCUACCAACCCGCUUUCAACAGUGCUGAUAUGCUGGAACACCUGGAGAACCUGGAGAAGGAAGUUGUAACUAUGAUAAACCUGGUCAAAAAGGAACAUGGAAUUUCAACUCCUUCAAUGACAAGUUCAGGACGUAACGCAUCCCAAGUUUCGGAUCGAUCGUCUUCACAUCAACCAAUGAAUUCCUCUGCUACACCUAAUAUGGCUGCUGUCAACACUGCCGCCAAGGUUACUUCCGUAAUCCCAAAGCCGAAAGAAGAAACAACCAGCAAUAACGCAUCCGAUGGUCAAGCAGCGGUAGAAAGUGCUACGAAGGGACUUACCGGUGUUAAGGCAGCCAUUGCUGCCAUGGAGGCGCGCCGUGCUCAGGCUAAGGGCGAUGCCUCCGGCCGAAAAAUGUAGAUCUGGACAAAAGAUAAUUACGUCAUAGAGUGAACAUGU